GAUUCAUUCAGAAAAUCAAUUAUGAAAACUCCUGAUUUAUACUUCUGUACUAUUGUUUCCUUUCUUUCCUUCUCUCUAUACUGUUUCAUAGCUCACCAUACUUGAAUUGACUUCAAAUAUUUGACAUUCAACUCAAUUGAUUGAGAAUAUGACAGAUUAUUUGCCACAGCCACAGCCGCAGCCGCAUGAAAUGCAUGCCAAUCCCAGCACAACGAUAAGUCGAGCUAGCUCAGCACGUUCUUACAGAGACGUGCCAAAGCCUAUAGUGAAGACGAUAGGAAAUUACACUAUGCAGCAAAGUAUUGGCAAAGGAAGCAUGGGAAAAGUCAAGUUAGCAGUGCAUAACAUCACAGGGGAAAAAAUUGCCGUUAAAAUUGUUCCUAGAGCCAAUCUACAAAUAUUGAACCAGCCAGCUUAUGCCAACGGCAAGUCUAUCCAACAAAUAGCAAAAGAGAAGGCUCGAGAAGAAAAUCGCGAAAUACGAACAAUUCGAGAAGCACAUAUCAUGAUGUUAUUGAAACACCCUAAUAUCGUAGGCAUGAAGGAUUUGAUUGCCCAAGGACCUUAUUUUUACAUUCUGAUGGACUUUGUAAACGGCACACAGCUACUUCACUAUAUUGUUAAGCGACAACGUUUGUCAGAUAGAAGAACAAAGUCAUUCACUCGUCAAAUUGUCAGCGCUUUGGAUUAUUUACAUAGAAAUUCAAUAGUACAUAGAGACUUGAAGAUAGAGAAUAUUAUGAUAGACAGAAGUGGAAGGCAUAUCAAAAUCAUUGAUUUCGGCCUAUCGAAUUUGUUUUGUCCUGAGCGGCUAUUAACCACUUAUUGCGGUUCCUUAUACUUUGCUGCUCCUGAACUUCUAAAAGCAACACCAUACAGUGGUCCGGAAGUUGACAUUUGGAGCUUGGGCGUGGUUAUUUAUGUUAUGGCAACAGGUUCUGUUCCGUUUGACGAUAAAUCUAUGCCAGGGUUACAUGAAAAAAUCAAACGAGGACAUGUCGAUUACCCAGCACAUUUAACUGAAGAAUGUAAAGACCUCUUAUCUCGUAUCUUUAUUACUGAUCCAGCAAAGCGUAUCAUAAUGGCAGAUAUUAUUCAUCACCCUUGGCUGACUAAAGAUGCAGCCCCUAUCAACAACCAUAUGCCAAUUAGAAAACCACUCAGUUUGCCACUCAACACAAAGGUCAUUGAACGAAUGUCACAGGGCUUUAAUCUAGGAACGCCAGAAGAGAUUGAACGAAGACUUACUCUUAUCAUUCAAUCUCCCGUUUAUCACGAUGCAAUGAAACACAUAGCAGACUGCCAUGCUAGGAAAUCACUGACACCUCCGCUCUCCAAUAACGAGGUUAAUUUUGGCAUUGUGUACGAUGAUCCUCAAUCAGUUCCAGCAGCCUAUCAUCCCUUUUUGUCAUUAUACUAUUUAGCUUCCGAAAAAUUAAUGGCGAUAGAAAUCGAAGCACACCAACACCGUUUGUCAAUGAGAUCAUCGCUAUCACGAAAAGCAUCCAUUGAUUCUUUAGGCGCCGCAUCUUCAGCACUUAGUAGCCAAACAUCACUGGUCGAUUUAGGUGCAGCUGGUGCACGUCUAUUGACAGACAUCCCCCUUAGUCAGACACCUGUCAAAACAACUAGACAUGCUGAUGAAGGUCUCAGUGGACUUCACUCAGCGUCUAUCAGUUCAACUAGUUAUUUAAAUAGAAUCCAGCGCUGGUUACGCUCUUCUUUAUCGCAGCAUCGUCUCAGUACUCAUGAGCAUACAAAUAGUCAUAUGUCUGCUCCGCCUUCCCCUCCUCAUUCAAAUGAAGAUCGCAAACAUGCAGAGGUUGAUCCUAUUUAUACAGCAAAUACAACUCCUGCUACACGAUUGCCUACUCCAACACAUUCUACCGAAGACAAAUACAAUCGCCAUAAUUCUCAAAACCUGAACAACGAACAACAACAGUAUCAACAUUAUGAAACUCAGCAAUAUCAUCAACAGCAAAAUCAAAAACGAUUGUCAGGAACAACUGGUACAACACCAAGUGGAAGCAAAUCUCUAUUCCGUAAAUUAUCACAAGUAUUUCUAAAAAAAAGCUCAACCAAAUCUCUGCACAAAAAGGCGAGUAAUUUAAGCACAUCGAAUACGAUAAGUGACCAGAGCACGCAUGAAAGUGAAGCAGAAGCUAUCAAUCAAGCAGCAUCAAAACAAGCUGCUUUACAGAGUAAUGAAAGAAAAGCUGCAGACAAUGACACUUCACCGCCCCCAGUGCCACCAAAAGAUUACAACUAUGCAAUGGUCCGUCAUUCAAGGAUUAUCAAUCAAAAUAACGUAGGAAAUAUACACAGUACUAUCAGUAGGAAAUCACAACAACUACCUCCAGGAAUGUCCAUAGCUACUAUUACAUCUCGACAAACAGCCCAUACAAUCGACAUUAGUACUCUUCAUAAAGCCGGUUAUUAUAAUGCUGCCAAUAGUACUGUGAACAAUAAUACUUCUAACAUGACUCGGACAAAUGUUAGCAAUAGCCAUACGAACAGUACAGCAUCAGCAUUUGCAACACCUAUUGCUAAUCGAAUGGCUAGAUACGAAGAGCAUCCGCGGCAAGCAAAUCCUUCAGCGCUCUUGACAAAAGAGCUACCUAAUUUACCAACUACCACAACAGUAACAAGGUCAGCUUCCUUAACCUCUUCUGUACCGCCUCGGCAUCAAUAUGCUAGCGGAAGAAGAGGAAGCGUUUCCAAAAUGAUGACAGAUAAGAUGGGCUCAUGGGUCAACCGAUCUUCUUCUUUUAAUAACCAUCAUCAUAACCAUGGCAGGCCAACCGAUAUAAAUCCUUAGAACGUGCUUCAUCAUAAAUAAGCACAAACAUCAUAAUCAAUAUUGAAAAUAUACACUUACCUUAUACUUAUUUCAUAUUAUAGCAAAUAUUCUAACCGUAAUUCCAUAUAAUCAAUUCUCGUACCUUAUAGAAGCAGCGCAAUUUUGUUUUCUUUGGGGGUUUUUUUUUUUCUCCUUCUAUUCCUAGACUUAGUAAUCUCAAGAACUAUGACUUCAGCCUCUGUUAUUAUUCAAUCCAUUAGACAAUUUUUUCCAAUUAAAAUUUUAUUGAACAUGGGUCAGG